AUGGCAGUUAUUGGUGGUGUCACGCAUAGUAAUAUCGCACGUUUGUCAAAAACGUCGUCUGCAUUAUCCGCGGAUAUCAAACGGGAACUGGUGACGUUUACGCAACUUCUGUCAACACAAUCAAAUUUUGCUUGUUAUCGACGAGCACUCAGCGAAACGUCAGACUCUUUUCGUAUACCGAUUAUGGGUGUUCAUCUGAAAGAUUUGAUCGCUAUACAAGUAAGAGAUGGUUGUAUGGAUCGUAGUUGUAUGGUGACUCGAGAAAAGAUCCUCAAUUUAGCGCAUCUGCUGUCGUUUUUUGUUUGCUUUAAUCGGACACCACACAAUUUUCCAGAUGCGAGUAUUGAUCUCAUUAACACGCUUAAGGUCUCAUUAGAUAUACGAUACAAUGAAGACGAUAUUUAUCAACUCUCACUGAAACGUGAACCAAGAACACUGUUGAAUUUCCAAGGCACCGCCAAAUCGGUGGUGUUCGCUGACUGGGCUUCAGGCGUAAGCUCAGCGUUGGACUCGGAAACGGUGAAUAAGCACGUGUCGGCGAUGGUCGAUGCGGUUUUCAAGCACUACGAUCAUGACAAAGACGGAUGCAUAUCGCGACUGGAAUUCCAGCAAAUUGUCGGCAAUUUCCCGUUUAUCGACUCGUUCGGAUCAAUCGAUAGCGAUCGUGAUGGUCAAAUAAGUAAGUCCGAGAUGAAGGCAUAUUUCAUUGAAGCGAACAAACGUUCAAUGGAAUUCCGACAGGGAUUCAAGCAUAACUUUCACGAAACCACUUUUCUCACUCCAACAUCAUGCGCACAUUGUGGGAAAUUGCUAUGGGGUCUGAUCCGACAAGGUUUCAAAUGCAAAGAUUGUGGCUUAUCGGUUCAUGGCUAUUGCAAGGACAGUGUUGUUGUGGAGUGCAGACGUCAGCCGAGUGGUGUGAUGAAUUGGUGGUAUCCGACCGGAAAUUCGUAUAAAAACGUCAAAAAGUCAACCAUAAACACCAGGUUGAUCUUAUGA